GCCAUUUUGCUAUAAAUUAUAUUUAUAUAUUCGAUUGUAAUUAUGUGUUCUAAAAAAUUGAAUUGGUAACUUUAAUUUAAAUAUUUUACCAAUCAUAAAUUGAUGUAAAUUAUAUCAUUCGUUACAUAAGAAUCAGAUUUAAUGAUUGUCCGCUUUUAUGACACGAUAGAAAGAUAAGUUGAAACACCUUGCAAAUUCUAUAGUACGUCUAAUCAUAGCAUGCCAUUAAUGUUGUGACGUGUUAUUUUUUUUUAACUAAAUAAACAGCGAAUUAAUCGCGAAGAUUGGCUGAAAACGUACAAAUACCGUAGAAAGGUAAAAUGAUGCAAGAUGAGCAUCUGGGUGGUCCUGCAAGACGAAAUGUUUUUAGUCAAGCAAUAGGAAGAAUAUCACAAUUAUAUCAAAGAUAUUUGGAUCUUUGGACACCUCAUGUAAUGUCAAGAUGGGCAGUUGCUCUUUUUCUGAUAUUGUUUUUCUUGCGUAUAUUUUUGUCAGAAGGAUGGUACAUUGUCACAUAUGCACUAGCAAUUUAUCAUCUAAAUUUAUUCAUAGCAUUCCUUACUCCUAAAAUUGAUCCUGCAAUGGAUUUUGAUGAUGGUGAAGGACCAGAAUUACCUACAAGAUCUAAUGAAGAAUUUAGGCCAUUUAUUAGAAGGUUACCUGAAUUUAAAUUCUGGUAUUCUGUGAUGAAAUCUACAGUUAUUGCUAUGAUAUGUACUAUGUUUGAUUGCUUCAAUGUACCAGUAUUUUGGCCCAUACUUGUUAUGUACUUCAUAACAUUAUUUUGCAUUACUAUGAAGCGUCAAAUAAAGCAUAUGAUCAAAUACAGAUACCUGCCGUUCACUCAUGGAAAACCAAAGUACCAGAAUCACGAGGAUACCUCGAGAGGAAAAUCGUGGCACUAACGAGGAAAAGAAAGAUCCCAAAAUCAGGGAUUAAAAUUCUUAAGUUUCAAAAUUUAAACAACAACGAAUCGACACAAAUUAAUUUUUUUUCCAAAUUAUACGACUUUGUUGCAAAAAAUAAAAAGAGUCAAUUCUCGAUUACAUAAGAUACGUUUGUACAAGUUCUCAGUGAUAGGAAGGAAUAUUGAAAAAACAAGGAUUACACUGAUUUGAUAAUGUACAAACAUGCGAAAUCUGUUAAAUACAAAUUGUAAAUAUCAAUACAUUUGUGAAUAAGCACAAAUAAUAAAUACACGAAACAU